UGUCGUCACUCGUCAGUGAAGCUUGCCAGUGGUGCAGUGCGGACCACUAUUCCCGCGCUCUGUACAUUAUGUGCUGAAACAUCGUUACUGAAGCCACCAUCUGCCCUAUUUUGGCAUGAUAAGUCCAGCUGUGUGUAACUAAUCGUUCGGAUGCCUGUUAAAGGAUGGUAGUGAAUUUGGAAUGGAUAAAACUUGAGUGAAAGUUAAGUCGUCUGCUAGUGAGUGAGUGGUGGAGGGAGAGGGAUGCUGCUGCUCCAAAGCAACCACCAGGACCAUCAUCACCACCACUACUUCGCCUGUGCUCCCGAUAAGGCUGGUUUCUAAUGGGUCCGGUGGAAACCCAUGGAGUUGCUGAGGGUAGCGGAGGCAGACCUCCGACAGUUAGCGUAUGCCGGCCGAGGUUGAAACGGCUGCUGCUUCUGGUUGUAGCAGUGCUGGUGUUUGGCCAACUUUCCCUCAAUGUGCUAUUUUAUCGUAAUUCAGAGUCCCUUUUUUACGUCAACACUACAGCCACCACCUCUGCUGCUGGGCCACUUCUCUUAGAUUCUCAGCUGUGGUGGACGAGUUCUCGAUUGCCAUGGCUCCAGCCCCUCCCAGUGUCCCAGCCGAAUCACACUUCCUCACUGACCCACGUUGAUCCAGGCAAAUCUAGAAGGAUGGUGGAGGCAGAGGAUAGGGAGAAAGGAGAAACUGAAGAAAAUCCCCCACAAAAUAUUAUAAAGGGAAUGGAGAAAAUGGGAGGUUCGACCACUAAUCCACACACUGCCAAACCCCCAGCAGGCUCUGGUGAUCAUUCCAUCCGUGGCAUGGAUUCCACAAAUGCUGGAGUGAAUGUCACUUUAGAAAGCGCAGCAGUGUCACAAGAAGACGACAUCAAGGUUGAGGUGGACAAAAAGAGUGAACUUACCACACAUACUUCAAUCAGCCUUGAAAAAACAAUCUGCCCUCCUGUUCCUCCUAAAUUGGUGGGUGUUGUCAAGGUGAACAAAAGUGCUCCUAUCCUAGAGGAACAGGAACGUGCUCACCCUGAGCUUGCACCAGGGGGCCAUUACCAGCCUGGAGACUGUACUGCACGCCACAAGGUUGCCAUUAUCAUACCCUACCGAGACCGUGUCAAUCACCUGGCUGUUCUUCUUCAUCACCUGCAUCCUAUUCUGCAGCGCCAGCAGGUCGACUAUACCAUCUUUGUGGUGGAGCAGGCAGGUACAGGCAAGUUCAAUCGAGCAAUGUUGAUGAAUGUUGGUGCUCUGGAAGCCCUCAAGCACUACCCGUUCAACUGCUUCAUCUUUCAUGAUGUUGAUCUUCUAUUGGAGGAUGAUCGCAACCUGUACACAUGUCCAGAGCAGCCCAGACACAUGUCCAUUGCUAUUGACACCAUGAAGUACAGACUACCAUACAAUGAUAUCUUCGGAGGUGUGAGUGCCAUGACAGUGGACCAAUUUCGAACUGUCAAUGGGUUCAGUAACAAGUUUUGGGGUUGGGGAGGUGAGGAUGAUGACAUGUCCAACCGCAUCAAGCAUCAUGGGUUCUUCGUCUCUCGCUACCCUGCCAAUGUGGGACGCUACACUAUGCUCACCCACAAAAAGGACAACCCCAAUCCUCGACGGUACCAGUACCUCCAUGAAGGGAAGAAGAGGUACAAGUCUGAUGGUCUCAAUAGUGUCAAAUAUCAUACACUGGACACACAGCUGCGGCGUCUUUAUACCUGGGUGUAUGUGGACCUCUUCCCUUCGUGAUGCCAUGCCUUCAAGUGCCUUUUGAGAAGUUAUAACUUUGAGUGUGAAGAGGGAAAGUUAUGCUAUUGUGUGCAAUGUAGAACAUUAAUGGUGUGUCUUUCUUACAAUUAUGGAAUGUGAGAUGAUGAUGUAUGUGUUACAGCAUUAAUGUACAUGUUAAUAUUAUUAUUUAUUAUUAGUAUUACUGCCACUGUCUUUUCAUAUUGAUCUUUAGAUUGAAUCUAUAAGCAUAUGCUUGGAAAAACUCCCCAGGUAUAAAUAAUGUCAUUUUUUUUAUAUUAGCACAAUAACUGUACUCAGAUCAUCUUUGGCCAAUUCCAGAAAUAUUAAUUUUUAAAAGGGUAAAUGACAUCACUGUACAAAGGGGCACAAUUAUAUUAAAAUGACUUUGGCUUAUUCAUUCUCAUCAUCCUCAUUCGCUUAUUUUCAUCAUGCUUUAAUCUUGUGAUAUUAGUUUACUCAAAACUAGAAUACAUUCCACAUGGAACUGAAACUGAAGCACAAAUUCUCAUGAUGGAUUUAUCUUCACUGUGGAGGGAAUCAAGUAAGUAUUAGGUCUCAUUUAUACAUGUUGACUUACCUGGUUAGUUCAUCCAAGCUUAUUCACAUUUGUUAGUGCAAUGAUGUGAAAGUCCAAGUCUUGAGGUGUAAGCACUGAUCCUUUAUAAAAAUGUUACAGAAAACAUGGAUUCCUUAUGUAGCUUUUAUAUUAACAAAAAAAUAAAUGAAUAGGUACUAGUAGAGUAGGUAAUUUUGACUUCAUUGUGUAUGCAUUACAUAUCAAAUAUAGUAAUCUCUCACUAUAUAUGGACAUGAUAUUACAGACUAUAGGUGGCGUGCACGAGAGUAACUGUUCACCAUUGCCACGGGGUUACUAUCGGGUUGGAGGUAACUGGAAGUCUGUAAAAUGACUUGUCAGGGAACUUGUUCACCCUUUUGUUGCACCCCAGCACUGCACAAGUGGUGGCAUUUCAGCAGAUAGUCUGUCUUGCAGCACCAAUGCAGAACAGAUCUAAAGAAGAAGAAGAAGCUCAGUUUGUUUUGCCUCAAACUAAGCCCUGAGCUUGAACUUGGUGAGUUGUGCACGCCAUCUAUAUUUGUUAAAGACCAUGUUGGCAUGACAGAUGACUAAAGGUAAUAUAUUUUGUAAUGGUCCACCAAAUGUAUGUUUAAAUUGAAAAAGUGAUAAAAUUCUUUGUUAAAAAGUGAUUUUCAGGAAGUAAAACUGAUCAUGUUAUA